CGGGUGGGAGUGGCACCUUAUUCGUCGUGCAGCUCCCGCCAAGGCUUUCUGUCAACUACGAACUCUCGUACCGAAAAGAUACACCACCGGUCGACUGUCAACGCGUAUCGCGAUGCGCACGAUCGACAUUGUGACCAUUCCGCGGUGAAAUCAUUUCCAGUUAACAAUGUGACACGAGAUUAUUCGACAUUACGUACCUUGUUUUUCACGCUUCAUUUCCCUUUGUGUACACAUUGGAUAAUGAUUCUUCAGUGACGAGUGUUUCUCUCUUUCUCUUUCUCUCUCUCUCUCUCUCUCUUUCUCUCUCUGUUUAUUACCAUCGAUGGCAAUUGGAGCGUUAAUUUGUCGUGUGUAAUUACGUGGUGAUUGAGGGAUAUCGAUUUGGUCAUCGAGGAAUAGGAUAAUUACACUGGUUUACGGAUCAAAAGUGAUUGGAUAUGUGCACAGUGAAGUAAGGAUAGUGCGACGCAGUGAUGUCGAUCGAUAAUAUCGAUCGAGAUUUGGAGAAAGGGGGCAGCAGCGACAAUUAACUUCGUAGACAGUGUCACGUGGUGUGCGGACUAAGUGACACGUGACUAUGUCGCGUUCGAAUGCGUUUUCAAGAUUUUCUGGAAGUUACUAGAAGUUUGUGUUUAUAAUAUCGUUAAAUAGUGCAACAGAAGAUGGAAAAAAAUAAUAUGUAAUACAGUGUGUCGCAUAAGAGAAAACAAGGAACACGAAGAUGCGAUAGGAUUGCAUUGAUGCUGAAUAAUGUGUCUUUGAGGAAAGAUACUACCACUGUGGAUAAUUAAUCUGGAUACUAAUUAGUCGUAAGCCAAAGAGACAAAUGCGGAUGGCUUACUGGUUCAACGAAUUUGCUGAUUAAACUCGCCAUCGGACGAGCGACUAGUAUCCGGAUGAAAGGGCAGGUUAAUGAGACCGGGGAGACGCCUCGAAAGCUUCUCGUAAGAACACGAUACUGGAGAAACGGGCUCCGCGGUCCGAAAGUGCAGAGAAAAUUGGCAAUUUCCAUCGAGAGAAGAUAAGAAAAAGGAUGUGGGUCACUUAAAUAUAACAAGCUUUUUUUUUUUUUUUAUCUAGCUUCUGUCGAGUGAUCCACGAGCGUCUUCACGAGUGUAUUCGGUUGAGAAGAAUAUUCGUAAUUCGAUGAUUUUAAUGAGUUCCGUUUUGAUCAAGAUUAUUUAUGUGUAUUAGAAAUAACAAAAUUUAAAAAUAUUUCUGUCUUUAAUAGGCGAGCUAUUUUUUUUAUUUUUAGAAAAUUAAAUAAAUAAUAAAACGUUACGAGGUGAUAAAAGUUUUAAGUAUACCUUCCUCUAUCAAAUUGGAUUAUCGAAAACAUAUUAAUCUCUUAUACUGUAAAGAUUCAAGAGAUGAUAUUGGAAAAGAACUAUUGUCCAAUUUUUGAAAAUUUUACAAGAUAAUUAAAUUCCAUUGCGUAAAGACGUAAAAAGAUGGUCGAAAAGACAUUUCGUUCGUACCAGAUCGGAAAGAUAUAUGAAUAAAAUAUCAAUCUCGGAUUUACUUUCCCAACUUUUUAAUGAAAGAAUCAUUCGAUUUAAUGUUCCGCAAAACUUCAUCACCGAGAAAAUUUCGAGCACUUUAUUCCUCGAUCUUUGGACUAGAAUCAAACUAUCCGGAAUAAAGAACGAAAGAAAGAGUUGGUUCGAGAAAGAAAGUUCCGAAACGAUCUCCAGCAUUUCGUCACCUUGAUCCAAACGAUCUCGGCGGUCUCCGCCCAUCGAACGUUGAAAACGUUCGAGCCACACGGAGGAAUUGAUCGAGGAAUCCCGAACAAAAUUCUUUCGUAUUUCUCUAACCACGAGAACCUGUAGGCGGGGAAAUAAAAGGAACGAGCCGUAAUCUACCAAAGUGGAAACUCGCCAAGUCAAGUUAAAGACGUCCUCUGUCGAGGCUAUCCAAGUGUCUUCCCAAUUCUUCGGAUUAACAGUCGCAAGGGUGCAAAUUACACGGAGUGAGCGAUUUCCUCGAGGGACGAUCGGUCUACGCCCGAGUGACAUUUCUCAGAUGUCGAGCGAACGAUGAAGCACUCGAGGCGAGCGAGUGGCUUGAGUGCCACUUCGAUCGCAAACGAUUCGUGUUCCAGGUGCGAGGGAAAGUGUCCGACGAAAAUGCGGCUCGCACUACUGCUGCUGCUCUUCUCUUUGUUCGGGACAGGCUCGUCCAUCCAUCUCCUGAGGAUAGACGUGCCGAGUAUAGCCGAUCCGAGGUGGGAAAAAGUGGCGCUCAGAUGCGAGUACGAUCUGGACGGCGAGGAAUUGUACUCCGUGAAGUGGUACAAGGAUGGCUUGGAGUUCUUCAGGUUUAUGCCCGGCUCGAGGCCGCCUGGUCGUGAUUUCCAGCUGGAAGGGGUGUACGUGGACGUGAACAAGAGCGAUAGCAAACAAGUGACGCUGUUGGGACAGGCGAACAAUCGGAGAGUGAAGGUGAACCUUGUGGGGUUGUACGGGUGCGAGGUGUCCUCGGAGGGGCCGAAUUUCCUCACGAUCUUCGGCGAGGCGAACAUGAGCUUGGCGAUCCCCCCCAAGGAACGACCCACCCUCCGUGGCCUUCGACCCUCUUACGAGGCGGGCGAGACGCUCCAAGUGGAAUGCAGCUCGGCGGCCAGCUACCCUCCGGCCCGGCUCGUCUUCAUCCUCAACGGGAAAGAGGUGAACAAAGGGUUGAUCAGAGAAUUGCCGAGCACGAGCCCGACGGAGGACAGCCUCGUGUCCUCGACUCGUCUCGGCCUCACUCUUCGAUUGGAACGACACCAUUUCCCCGGAGGGACUUUAACUAUCACCUGUCAGUCCACGUUGCCCAGGAUCAGGGGCGACAGGGCGCUCGAGAGGGUGGAAACCGCGACGUUGGCCGCGAGCAAUCAACGACUGGCGCAGGAACCGCCCAGAUCCGGUUCAACGAUCGAUGCCCGACCCGUUUCGAUCUCGAUCUGCUGUUUAUUAGCGAUCUUACCAUCGUUCAAUCACGCAAAAGCGGAGUAUAAAGCGAGGCGUCUGAUCGGUUCAGGGGAGAGAAGACAGGUACAAAUCUGUGUUUCAAGGAUAUUCGACGUAACCAACGACGAAGUGAGACCAGCACGGAUUUAAUUCGUCAGAUUGGGGACACUGAUUACAGAGAAUUACUCGCGAUACCUUCUUGGUACAGUUGGGUAAGUCUUCCAGUUCAGAAUUGCUGGAGGAAGUCAGAGAGGAUCGAGGCUUUCUGACUUCGAGUUUUCUUCGAUUCUGUUUGCCCUACCCGGUGUAAUUAACCUACCGUCCUUCUCUCUCUCUCUCUUUCUCUCUUCUUUCUUAAUAAUCACUUCGAGCUCGAGCUGCUAAUCUUCCAAGUUUUAUGGGGAACGGGGGAAUCGUUUAAAAGUUCCGUUUCCAUGGAAAGCCCCGUUUUUAGAUCGUUCGAGCUCGUUUCCUUCCGAUCGAAUGUUUUGAUCUCGUUUUGUUAAUGUCAGGGACGAUUCGUCGUCGUUGUGUUCUUGGUCGAGAUGAUUUUAUAACGUUUUAGUUUGCGAGAGAAUUGUGGAUUCCUGUUUCGUUUCGCUCUUGUUGGAUUUCGAGAGAUGUGUAAAUGUAUU